GUAAGGGAGGAGAAGAUUGAACAGGACCUUGAGAAAAUGCGUAUUUAGACUAAACUGUAAAUAGUGAGCUCUGGAGGAAAGUACCACGGAUUCCAACUGCAGUCAUCUGGGAGACUAAAUAGAGUUAGAUGUUAUGCACUGGGAGGAGCACAAUAAUAUUGCUUGGAGUACAAACCACUUCACGAUUUGUUCCAGCUUAACCCCGCUGGAUGAGCCUCAGAGUGGAAUACGUAUCAGUUCAUUCCCCUUUGACAGGGUCCCUUGUGGGGGCAAACCAGGGCUGCAAGGAGCCAGUAAGUGACCGGACAGAGUGACUCUUAGCUGUAACACGGCGAGGCUAACCUUUCUCGCCCCCAUUGCCCGGUGCAGGGAGACAGGGGGGAGGGGUGGGCAGUGUCGGACAGCGAGCAUUGUUCCAUUAUUUAUUUACACUUUCCCUCAACACUCGGUCUUGACAGUAGCUCUGACGAAACAGGCGAAUGGUCUAUCCCUAGUGUAAACUCCUCCCUCGUUUCUCAGACAAACAAGCCCCUUCCAACCGCCAUGGUCUCAUGGAUCAUCUCUAGAUUAGUCGUGCUGAUUUUUGGCACACUUUAUCCAGCGUAUUCAUCUUACAAGGCUGUGAAAACAAAGAAUGUGAAAGAAUAUGUGAAAUGGAUGAUGUACUGGAUUAUAUUUGCACUGUUCACCACAGCAGAAACCUUCACAGACCUGUUUCUUUCCUGGUUUCCAUUUUAUUAUGAACUUAAAAUUGCCUUUGUUAUUUGGCUGCUCUCCCCUUACACAAAAGGCUCCAGCGUUCUCUACAGGAAGUUUGUACAUCCAACCCUGUCUUCCAAAGAGCAGGAGAUCGAUGACUAUUUGAGCCAAGCCAAGGAUCGGAGUUAUGAAGCUGUGAUGCAGUUUGGAAGGCGUGGACUGAAUGUGGCAGCGACUGCCGCUGUCACAGCUGCUGCCAAGGGACAAGGAGCUCUCUCAGAAAGGCUAAGAAGCUUCAGCAUGCAGGAUCUGACAACAAUUCGAGGGGAAAGUAUUGACGAACCAAUAAGCGACGCGGGGCCUCAAGCCCAGAGCCCACUGAGGAACAUCACAGAGACAGUUGAUAAUUCAGUUUUUAAAAACGGCAUCAUAUUCAAUAUCAUAACAGGUGAUGAAGUCAAUAUUGUUCAGGGUCCUAGGUCAGAGGAAGACCAGAAUAAGACAAAAUCAGUUGAGGAUCCCGAUGAUCAGAUAACAGGAGCUAUGCUCAAACAUCCCCAUAAACCACAUAGAAAAAAGGUGCAACAUUCUGAGGUAGAGCCAAGACACCCUAAGCCCCCUCCCAGAAAGAGAAGUACCACAAUCUGCACCAGUGAAUCCAUGUGACAGCAAAGCCUGUGUCAUCAGAAUACGGUCACCUGGAUUCAACCUUUUGUUUUACUGUCCUGCCUUCACGAGCCAAGCAAUGUGUGACACACUGGGAAUGAUGAAGGAACCACCGCCUGGAAAGUGCUCCACAUUCUCUGCAGAUGCCUUCAGCGCUUACCCAUAAGUAUAAUAAUCUAUAUCAAAACAUGUUUUCUUUUCUUUGUUUGCACUACACACAGUGAUGAAACAAAAUUCAGAGGGAGGCUGAAUUGAAAUGUUUGAGUCCAGCGCAUCUUCAUUUUUUUUGUGUGAGAACAUUCCAGCACUUCUGUAGUACUUGACUAUCAGAAUUAGUUCCUUUGCUUCAGAACAAUCUAGAGAAAAAGUUUUCAGAGCUUUGAGCUAUUAUUUAUGUACAUGGGGAUAUCUGCUCUAUUAUAUGCGGGUUUAUCCAUUAUAUCAUACACAGGUACAUCUGUUAUUCAAUAAUGUAAGCAUGUAUGCUAUUCUGUCCACAGAUAUGUCAAUUACACUGCAGACAGGCAUGUAUUAUGCUGUUCAGAAGUGUAUCUGAUCUACUGUACAUUUAUAAAUGUUGCACAAUUUGCAGGUAUCUAUUAUGAAGUGUGUACAGUGUAUCUGAUGUAUUGUGUGCAGUGUUUCUGUUGUAUUGUACACAGGUAUGCCUUUUGUACUGUAUUACAGGUAUACCCACAAUAUUGUGCUCAGGUAUAUCUGUUGUAUUUUAGUUACAUAUAUUUGUUGUCUAAGUUAAAACUCAUAAGCACAUUGCACACAAAGUUAAGGCAGUAAAGCUGACAAGGCUAUCAGGAUUAUGUUUCUUUUCAAGACGAACCUUUUGUGAUUCUUGCACUGUUGACAUUGACAGUAAAGGUUCUACUUUUGCACCAAAAUACAAAUCAUAACAGCUUUUUAUGUUUACUCCUGGAACAGCGUUCCCUACUCACUGCUGGGUAAUAAUCAUACAACAGAACCCAUUCUGAAACCUAAAGGAUCGACUUACUGUCUGAAUUCUCCUAUUGUGUUCUGCUUAUGUAGCAUUUGUUAAAUAGCAGGCAGGAUUCAUCAUUUAUUAAUAGUGUUACGUGGCCAUGUGCUGAUUUUUAAGACAGCGAGGAAGAAGUGAAUUAAGAAUGAAAUAACUUGGGAACAUAGGAUCAGGCUACUCAAUCCCUUAAGCCUGUUCUAUCAUUCAGUUACAUUAUGACAGAUCUUACUUAAACUCCACUUAUUCACCAUCACUCCAUGUUUCAACUGCAGUUUUAAAAUUUAAUGUGCUCCUUCUUUAGAAAAUCUGAUCAAUCAGAGUUUGCAAUGGUUAUGAUUAAACAGUUUAGCUGAACGGGGCCCAGUGGGACAUUAGUGCACAAAUGACAAUGUAAUGUAAUAAUACAGGUGAUACCUUAUUUUUGAGUGUCAGAUAUUUCAUAUUUAGAAUACCAUGCAGAUUGAUUUGAAAGCAAAGCUAAGAACGACCACAACAGAGUUUCCUAUUUGUCUCUGGUGAAAAUAAUCAAGUGCAGUUACAGGAAUAUAGGUGAGCUGAAUAUGAUUGUCUUGCCACAACAAUUUCCCAGUAAUUGGACAGUUUCUCUAUAAAAUGUACUGGUGUUGUAAUAUCUCGAGAGCUCUUCUGAAUUGUACCACCGGUAUCAACUAGUGUUGUUAGGAAUUAAGGAAGAAAUAUCAUCAUAAUCACAGUCUAAACAUUUCAAACAGCAAUAUCUACAAAAGUCCUAUCAACUCCAUAUCAAACAGGUUCACAUCUCUUUUGAAAUAGACAGAAGAAUUUGACAAGUUCUUGUUCCAUUAAUAUCAUAGAAGCAUACUGAACAAUAAAUAGUUGGAAUUUCGUCACUAUUCAAUAAGUUGUAUGUCCUCUCCCUUUACUUAAGGUUCCCUCCUUAUUUUGUGACAUGCAAUGUUCUUCUGAGCCUGAGUCAGAAGGUUGUGCGUUCAUGUCCUUUAAUAUGGUCUUGAACAGAAAAUCCAGGCUGAUGAUCCAUUAGAGUGAUGAGUGAAUGGUGCACGAUUGGAGAUUCUAUCUUCUGGAACCAGAGGCCCAAGGUCAGAUUUAAUGGGACAGUGGUCAGUUCAUCCACAAGCUGAAAAAGGUGGGUAGGACUGUCCCCAGCUGGUCUUAGAAAUACCAUCAGCAAUUUUUGACCAUCCCUGCUUUGGGGAUUGAGUCGCUGCCUGAUUGGAUGGGAGGCUUACUCCCAGUAUUGCCACUAAGAACAAUGGUCAACACUGGGACUGCAAAAUCUGUGGUGUAGGGUCACCAGCUUUUGAAUGGACCAUUCCUGAAGUUUUCAUUGUGUGACCUUUUCCAAAUAUUUCUAUAACUAACAUAGAAAUGUGUACAAAGGAAAAGGAUAUCUCUUUCUUUUCCUCUGCUCAUUGAUUAGAUUAGAUUCCCUACAGUGUGGAAACAGGCCCUUUGGCCCAACAAGUCCACACCGCCACUUGAAGCAUUCCACCCAGAUCCAUUCCCCUAUAACCCAGGCACCCCUGAACAUUUAGCAUGGCCAAUCCACCUAGCCUGCACAUCUUUGGACUGUGGGAGGAAACCCACGCAGACAGAGGGAGUAUGUGCCAACUUCACACAGACAGUCACCCGAGGCUGGAAUCGAACCUGGGUCCCUGGCGCUGUGAGGCUGCAGUGAGCCACCGUGCCGCACUUGCUUGGUGUAUUGUUUGCGGUUAAUCUUCAGGGCAGUCAAUCCUUGUCAUAGAGAUGAUGGCAGCCUCCAAGGAGCUUCUCCAGGAAGGAUCCCUGCAAUUUGCCCACUUUACUGGUAAAGUGCCAGUGGCAGAGGGACAAUAACAGGCAUGUCAGCCUUUGGUAUCCCAAUCUAAUUUUGUGUAUGUUAAGUGAACCAGAUUUAAAGGGGAAGGAAAGUUUGGGUAAGGGUGGACUCCUCAGAAUAUAUCAAAACUAGGUCUGGAGUAAAGUCAGAUUCAUUUUUUUUCAGGUUUAAGGCUUUGGAAAGGUACUCAGUGAGGGUUCCAUUUCCAGUGAGAUGCAUACAGGGACGCAAAUUGUGGCAGGCUAGGAACUUGGAUUCUAUAAUUGAUUGAGAUUACAGGCAGACGCUUUAUUUGAUAUACUGUGGUUAAUAAGCUUUGAACAUGGAAAAGCUAUCAAAUCAUCUUUAAAUUUAAUUAACUUAAAAACAGCCCUAGCUUGCAUUGAUGACUGCAUUCCCUCCCAAGUAAUUGUGUCUUUUUUUAAGCCAAUUCUUUGAACAAAAUUGCUUGUGGAAAGAAAAGAGCCUUUUCCCUUUUAUACGUUACAUGUUUUCCAUUGACGUAUUUUAAAUGCUCAACUGUGUGGCUUAAAAAAAUUAAUUAGUUAAGGUUUUCAUUAAUGUCCUGGGAUUUCUUAUUUUGGUAAUGCAUUUAGUUGAUAGAUCUUACCUUUAAUAUGUAGGCUGCUAUUUAACCAGUAUUUCUUGCUUGUGACUAAUCUUGUGUAGUUCAGUAUCCCUUAGUGAGUCAUUUUAGCAAUUCAGUAUUACUUCAGUAGGUGGCUUUUGGACUGGCUGAUCUCUUCCAAUGAAACGUUAAAUUAACUCCUUGUCUUGCCCUCUGAGAUUGGUGUAAAGGAUCCUACAGUAUGAUUAGAAGCUAGAGCAGAAAUGUUCGCCAUGGUGUCCUAGCCAAUAUUUAUCCUUCAAGCAACAUCUGAAAAUACACUAACUCGUUGAUAUUGUAUGAGGGAUCUUGUUGUGUGCAAAUUGGCUGCUAUACUUCUUACAACAGUGAACACACUUCAAAAGGCACUUUUUUCACUAUAAACCUUGUUUGGAUCUGUAGAGGGUAUAUUUAAAUAUAAAUCUUUCUUUAUUAUUCAUGUCAAAUUAGAAACUGCAUUAAGUCUCUUCUAUAGCACUGCUGCAGCACAAAAGUCUUAAAACCUUGCCACUCUUAAUCCAGUAUGGAAUGUAAAUUACUCUUUGCAGAUUAUGAAUUUUUUUUCUCUUAACUACAAACAUGGUUUUCUACUUCAGUUGAAUGGUGCAGUGGGAAAACAAAUAUAUUUAGAACAGAUUUCUUUUGUUGCUAAUGACUUCCAACAUUUCUGUAUUUUUUCAAAUUGAGAAACCUAGGUGAUUAUCUGAAACAAGGCUGAAGAGAGUUAAAGAGAUGAUUUGAAGCAUAAAGAUUUAGCUUGAUAGCUUCGGGCUUGGAUUUCCAGAAUGUACUUGUCAACUGUUUUCGUCAGUGCUGCUGACCCCCAUGACUUAGUUAUGUUUUCCCAACUAACAUCGCCAAUAUAGUGGAACCAUAUGUCAAUCAUUUUGUGCCAGUAAGUUUGGUAUUGCAUAUUAGGGUAGUAGUAUCACAGAAGCUGUAUUAUAAAUUCAAUAAAGCAGCAUUUAUUGUCCAUCCUUAACUGGCCUUGAUGAAGCUUACUGCUCAGGGACGAACAAUAAAUCCGACCUAGAUUGCCCACAAUUCAUAAAUGAAUAUUAUUUUUAAAAAUAAGCUCUUGUGACACCAUUCGAGUUGGGGGAGUUCUCUUACUACCUCUAACCCAUAUAAGGACUCUCAAAAUAACUAACUUAAUAUCGUUCCUUUCUGAAAUUGUUCAACUGAAUUUUGGUCUUUGUAACUUUCCACCCAAAUAUCACGAGGAGUGGCUGUUAAGUAGUGAUAAUUCCUUCACUUCUGGUGAAUACUAACACAAGUGUUGGGAAAUCUUGCUUGUUUCUAUUGGGAUAACUUAAUGCUUCCUUAACAUGUUUAGUCAUUGAAUAAGAUAUAACAGUCAGAAUUUUCUGCUUGCAAACAGAGCAAAAAAUGCUAGAAAACACCUUAAGAGAUGUAAAAGCUGAAUGCAUGCAAUUAGAAUUAGUUUUGAGAGUAAAAUGUGCAGAAGAAAUGUGUAUUUUAGCCAGAAAUGUCAUAAAACAUAACCAUUCAUAUUUAAAAAUCAUAUCAUACUUAUGCAACCACAGUGUGUCUUACAGAUCUUUUCUAAGGCUUGAAACCUCCCUGAAUGAACCAGAUUUGUUGGCGAUUUACUGGGUUUUAAACAGUACAGUGGUUGAUAUUCUUAUUGUGACUCCAACUUCCCUUUUCCCAGCAGACCAGGUCUCCACCAGGAUACUGGAAUCUAAAUUCCUCAGUGCCCCAAGCUCUGAUGCUAUGCUAGAAUAGAGAGGCCAAAGGAUUACAGACCUGUCCUCCAUCAGAAAAUAUAAAUCAAGCUGCAGAUACACAACAAGGCCUUAGAAAUUUCAGAAACUUGCCAAAGCCCAGGAGCAAGGAGAAGAGAGUGUGUAUGGAGGAUGAUUAGUAGGUGAGUGAGACAGAAUGUGGGUCUGUAGUGGCCUAUAUUUUAUAGAGUAAUCCGAUUCUGUCCGACUCAACAAAUCUAAUACAUUUUGAAGCUUUUUCUUUAGGAGCAUUAGAUCUUAACUCUUACAAGUUCUCACUUGAGAAAACAAAACUUAGCAAGCCAGGUCUGAAGUGAACACCACAACCUCAUAUCAACAUUAAAUAAAGUCUGUAACUCAUUUUAGAAGACUGCUGGGAUCAGCUAUAAAAUGCUGUGACCAAAUCAGUAGAGGCCUGAACUCCCAUACAAAUCUGGCAGGGUCUUCUGCAACAAUAAGUUGCUUAUUGUUGCACACCUUUCCAUAUAAUGAGCACAAUGAUAUUCAAUUUAGAUUCUACUACCCCCUCCCCUCCACUGACUCUGCAUUUAGAUCCAAUGGGUUAUUGCUGGAAGUAGCAGAAUUGUAAUAGGAAGGGAGUAAUCCCAGUAUCUUUCGUCUGAUGCCACAUCAGAUGAAAAGUUCUGAAACAGUAGUGAAAUCAGAAGAUGGGUCUGAAGUUGUAAUUUUACGAACCACAUUGUCAAAAUUUUGAUCACAUUUCACGAAGCAUAUGGUAGAAUACCAGGUAAGAAGAACCGCGGUUGCUAGCUCCAGUGUAAAUCAGACAGUUGCACAGUCAUGUGAUGAAAUAAAAUAGGCUCCUUCUGUUUUUAAAUUUGUAAGCUUAACGUGAGGUGUAAUAAAAAAUCAAUCAUGAAUGUGUUACAUUAUGUUUUUGAACCUAGGAUUUAAAGUGACAUUGUUAAUGGAUGAUAUCUCCAAAGGAAAUAUAACAAGUUUUCUUCCCCACAAGACUUUUGAGGGUUGGGUUUUUACAACAAUUCCACAACUUCAUGAUUGCUUUACCAAUACCAGAUUCCAUUUACAAACUUUAAAAUGAAAGGGAUUCAACUUCUCAAGGUGGGAUUCCAUUAUAUAUAUAUUCAUUUUACUUGAGCACAACCUGUAACCUCAUGGCCCAACAGAUCCCCGACUCAACAAUUACCACCAAGCCAUGAUUCAACCCUGGGUCAAUGGAGAGUACAGGAGGGCAUGCCAGAAGUAGCACCAGACGUACCUAAAAAUGAGGUGAAGUGACAAACAGGACUACUUUGUGCCAAACAGCAUAAGCAGCGAGUGACAUACAGAGUUAAGCAAUCCCACAACCAUCCAAGUUCUGCAGUCCUGUCACAUCCAGUAUUGAAUGGUGGUGAACAACUAAACAACCUAGUGGAGGAGCUAGUUCCACAAACAUCCCUAUCCUCAAUGAUGAGACAACCCAACACAUCAGUACAAAAUUGCCCAGGUAUCUCCUGUACACAAAAUGCAGGACAAAUCCCACCCGACCAAUUAUUGCCCUAUCUAUUUACUCUUGAUCAUCAGUAAAAUGAUGGAAACUGUUAUCAGUGCCAUCAACCUUCUCAGCAAUAAUGUGCUCAGUGAUCCCCAGUUUAGGUUCUGCCACGGCCACACAGCUCCUAACCUCAUUACAGCCUUGGUUCAAACAUGAACAAAAGAGCUGAACUCCAGCAGUGAGGCGAGAGUUACAGCUCUUGACGUCAAGACUGCAUUUGACCGAGUGUGGCUUUUAGUAGCUCUAACAAAAUUGGCAUCAGGGGCAAACUCACUGCUGGUUGGAGUAAUACUUGGCACAUAGGAUGAUGGUUGUGAUUGUUGGAGGUCAGUUAUUUCAGUUUUAGGACAUGCCUGCAGGAUUUCAUCAGGGUCAUGUCCUUGGCUCAAUGAUCAUUGGCUGGUUCAUCAAUUGUCACCCUCUAUGAUAAAGUCAGAAAUGAGAAGUGAGGAUGCUUGAUGAUUGCAUAAUGUUCAGCACCAUUUGCAACUCCUCAGAUACUGAAGCAGAACAUGUUCAAAUGCAACAUCUGGACAAUAUCCAGGCUUCGGCUGACAAGUGGUUGUUUCCUGUAACAAGUAUAUUUAACACACAAAAUGAAAUUGCAGAAAGUAUUGCAGGGAUUUGGAAUCUAGCUGCUUCAUGUGAUUGGGAAUUUUUCGUCUGCUGGAUGGAUAGUCUGAACAGAUUUUCACCAUCCUGAUCAAUUUGAGAGUUUGGACAAAAUGGCUCAGGUUUCUUCGUCAUUCUGGUUUUGAUUUAUCUUGAACUGUAAGUAACAAUUUUGUACUGCAGAUUCCAAGUUGCUGCAGUUAAGCUAAAUCAGAUGUAACUGCACAGCUUAAAGUCCGCCAUAUGUAACUAUCAAAACAUGUAGAGCCUCUCAAAGCGUCAGAAAAAAUUGUCUGGAAUCAAAAGACAGUUGUAAAUGGAGUUUUAAAACAUAACAUGAAAGACAUUUCAGAAUUUGGUCAAGUUUUUUUUUGCUUAUCAAGGAUUGGGCAGGUUCUUGGCAACCACUUUAAUUUAAAACUUGAUAUUGUUUAAAUCACUUCAUGUCCCUUAUCUCUGUAACCUCCUCCAACUCAUCAGUGUCUCUGGAAAAGCUCAGCAGGUCUGUGAAGGAAAAAAAAUCAGAGUUAAUGUGUCAGGUCCAGUGACCUUUCCUCAGAACCCUCUGAAUGUUAACUCUGAUUUUUCUUCAUAGGUGCUGCCAGACCUGCUGAGCUUUGCCAGCAACGUCUGUUUUUUUCACCUGAUUUACAGCAUCCAUAGUCCUUUUGAACUUUCACCAGGGUCUGUACUGUUCUGACUUUGCAAGCUUUUUGCAUUCUAUAUUCCUACCCCCUCCACCUGAUUGUGUAUUAGUGGGGCCUGUGGCUUCAGUCACAUGCCUAGCACUUCCUAAUUAAUUCACCCUCUGCCUCUCCAAGAACUUAGUGGAAAUUCAUUCUUUGAAUGAUCAUUCUUUUACUGCCCCACCCCCCCCCCUUCACCUCUGUGAAGCACCUGGGGUCAUUUUUCCCUAAAUUAGAUGCACUAAAUAAAUCCAAAUUGUUAUGACAGAACAGAAAACAUCAUCACUUUCAUUAUAUUCACCAGAAUUAUUUUCUGCAGAAAUCAUUUUUUUUUUGAAAAGUGAAUCUCAUUGCAAGUAAAAUGAUCUGGAAUGUAUUGCCUAGAAACAAGGUGAAAGUAGAAAAUUUCUAAAAGGGAAUGAGAAAAUACAUGAAAAUGAAAAUAUGUAUGGGUUGCAAAGAAAGAACAGGUAAAUGGGACUAAUAGAAGAGGGCUAUCACAGAACUAGUACAGGCAUGGAUGGGCAGAAUGGCUUCCUUUUGUAUCAGAAGAUCCUAGCCCGACAAUUUGGCUGUACACUAGCUUUUACUAUGACAAAUUAUCAAGUUUCUGUUGAAUCCUUGAGACUCAUGUCAACCAUAAACGCAAUAUAGUUGUAAUUAUAAAUUAUCUCAACAUUUGAAAUUAUAUACUAUCAAUGCAGGAUAUUGUCUCUAAGUGAUGCUAACACUCUUCCAGUGAUAGGCCGGACAAUAAAAAAACAAAACAAAUAUAUAGGCAAGAAGCUAUACACUGGUGUUGAGCGUUCAGCACAUGACUAUUAACUAAUUUUAUCUUGCACUGCAGUAGUGGGCAACAAUAUAGACGUGUGCUGCCUUACUUCUAAGUACAAAAUCACUGUGCUAGCUUGUUCACAUAUAGACACAUUGAGUGCGAAUGUAAAAAGAAUUUCAUGUUUUUGUAACAAUGAUAUUAAUGCAAUCUGUGCUAUACAACACUGUGCAUCUGUACAAGAAUAAUAUAAAUGUUGAAAUAUGUACUUGUACUUUCCAUCAGCAUAUAUUUAAAGUAAUUUAUUUGCAAGAUGCACUCAUUUUAAUACCUUAAAAAAAAAGAUAGGCUUAAUGAGAAUCAAUGGUGACUGUCUGAAUUUCUACUGUAUUACUGCAGAACCUUUGUUUCUUUAAAUUUGCAGCAAAUAACUGCAGAUCUGGCAGGCCAGAGCACUUUACAGUUGUAUUCAUUCACAUUUGUGUUUCCUGACUACAACAGUUAACUGUAUAUAGAGAGAGAGUCUGUUGCUGUUACACUGGUUGCAUUCAGAGUGCUGCAUGAAUUAAAGGAUUGUUGUCUUAUAUACAUUUGUCACAGAAUUCUUGCCAUUGUAAUAAAAGA